AUGUGGUCUUCGACGCCCCGUUUGAUUCUCGGCCUCUAUGGGUUAUUAUCUGCUGUUGGAUCGGCAAGCGCCGAUGUCGAUUUCAUGAGUGUGCGACCUGAUAUGGUCAAGGAUUACUCCGGAAAAGGGGGAGAACCGGGAGAGAAAUACUUCAAGGAAUCUAGCUUCCACUACCACUAUGAUGGACGCUUCGCAGAUGAACCUCUCUCCGAGGCGGAGACUGUUCCGCACCUGUCGGAACUCAUCCGGACCUAUCUCUCGACAAUGGCAGACCUUGGGGCUGAAACCUGGAUAAUGCAUGGAACUUUGCUGGCUUGGUGGUGGAACCAGAAGAUCUUUCCUUGGGACAACGAUCUCGACGUUCAAAUUUCCGAGCCGACCAUCCAUUUUCUUGCCGAUUACUACAACAUGACCGAGCACCACUUUGAGAUUUCAGGCGUCGACGGCGGCCGAACCUAUUUGCUGGAGAUUAACCCGAACUAUGUCGUCCGAUCGACCGAUGACAAGCUAAACGUGAUCGAUGCGCGGUGGAUAGACACGUCGUCUGGGCUGUUUAUCGAUAUUACGGCGGUACGCAAGGAUGAUGAGCGGAGGGAGAAUGAUCGCGAGCCUGGGGCGUUGAUGUGCAAGGAUGGCCAUCGGUUUGAUGAAACCGAGAUCUUCCCACUGCGGAACAGUUACUUCGAAGAUGUUCCGGUCAAGAUCCCGUUCGAAUACGUUCGUCUACUAAAGAAAGAAUACGGGUCGAAGUCGAUGACUGCUUCCGUGUUCCAAGGAUACCAUUUCAACCAACAGACUCAAGUAUGGGAUAAGAUGAGCCGGAAGAGGCACUUUGGGCGACGGGAGACCGACAUUCCCGUUCGAACUACGCCCCUCGGGCGCCUGUUCAGGGGUUGA